AGGAGCAAAACAAAUUAUGUCAAAUAAUUGACGUUUUGACUGGAUACGCAAUAUUUUCCCGAAAAAUGCUUAUUUUCGCGUAAAUUUUCAUUUAUUUUGACGGAAAUUCAGUGAAAAUACUUAAAUACUGCUUGCCAUUUCAAAUAAGUAAUGCAAACCAACUAGCAGGAGAUAUGCCCACAACGGUGAACGUGCCAGAGAAGCUUCCCGAAGCACGAGGUAAAGUUAGAGGGGAUGGCGGUGGCGAAGAUUCUUCCGCCAACAAUGGCCUCUCUAAGCCAACGGGCUCGAAUGCUGGCGAACUGGCCGAUUCGGGAUCGACGGGACAGCCGGGGAAGGCAAAGCAAAUUAAGAAAGAGAAGAAGGAUGGCAGCGGCAACAAGCGGAACAAGAAAGCCAAAAAGGAUGCUCCCAGACCGUUGACUAAGGUGGUAAUCCGUCGGCUUCCUCCUUCGAUGGACGAGGAAACGUUCCGGAAACAGAUAGAACCGAUGCCAGAUCAUGACGAUUUCUAUUUCGUCUCUGGCGAUUGGUCCCUUGGCAAAAAUGCCUCUUCUAGAGCCUACAUCAAUUUCACCAAGGCAGAAGAUAUCUAUCUGUUCAAGGACAAGUUCGAUGGGUACAUUUUUGUCGAUGCCAAAGGAGUGGAGUAUCCGGCGGUGGUCGAGUUUGCACCAUUUCAGGAACUGCCCCGGAAUCGAUCCCGCAAGAAGGAUAUCAAAUGUGGCACGAUUGAGACCGACACCCAUUUCUUGGCAUUUAAAGAAGCACUGGAAGCCGAGGAAAAAGACACGGCUGGUAAAAGCAAAAGUAAACUGGAAUACACUUACAAGAUUAAGGAUGAGGAGAAAAUAACUUCGACACCUUUAUUGGAGUACAUUGCCCAGAAAAAGCAGGAAAAGCGUGACGAGAAACGCAAAAAGAAUGAGGAAAAAAAGAAGCAACGAAAGGAAGAACGCCAGAAAAAGAGCGGAAAAGCAAUUCCUGAGGCGAUAAAGGAAGAGAAAGCGAAAGAAGAGGAAAUUGUAGUUCGAACAGUUCCAUCUCGAUUGGAUCCUAAUCAAGGAAAGAAGGACUUUGGCAAGAAAGGUAAUGAUAAAGUUGAGAGCGCCAAAGAUGGAAAGGAUAAGGACAAAAGGCAAAGAAAUCGCAAGGAGAAAGAUAAGGAACGCGGAAAACUCGAUAAGGAAGAAGGUGGCGAAGGAGAACCGGAAAAGGUUUUGAGUCGCAAGCAGGAACGUGAUCGUCUGAGAAAAGAGAAAGAAAAAGCUAGGAAGCAAGAAGAAAGAGAAAAGAAAGCUUCAGGAGAGGUACCGAAAAAAGAAAAAGAUAUCAUUCCGAAACAAGAAAUUCAAUCUCAGAAGUCUACUCCCGCUGAAGCUCCCAAGAAGGAAGUCAAAAAGUAUAGCGAACGUAGAAAGGAGACUCGUGCUCGUGCCGAAACACGUCUUGCAGAGCUUGAGGAUAAAGAUCGAAAGGACACUCCAAAUUCAGCGAGUGCCGACGAAUUCAAAUCGAUUAACGUUCCGAAAGUCGACAUCAAGAAAAGUAUUCUAACCCCUCACGUAGCGCCCUUUAUUCCAAAAGAAAAAUCUACCAUCAUUUUGGGGGAAUCUUCCUUUACGCUUCCCCCUGCUUUUCCGCAGAAAUCCAAUUCCACUACAUCGACUCAACCACCAGAAGAUUCACCUUCAACAACAGCAAAAAAAGAACUUACGCCAGCUCCAGAAACUCCUGCUCCGGAUAGUAGCAGCUCGGAAAGAAAACCCGACAUCGAUGAAAAGCUAAAAGUAGCUCGCGAAGCGCGGAAAAUUCGCAACAAAAAUCGUCCCUCGAUAGAAAUUUACCAACCGAGAAAACGACUGAUUUCCGGAACCAACGCGGCUGGAUCGAAGGAAAGUACCAAGAGCGAAGAUGACAACAAGGCAAAGGAGAAGAGCGAUUCCGAUCGCUCGUCGGACAAGAGCGUAAAACCGGGAGCUCAUGCCACGAAGGACAAAGACAAACGACACAAACUUACGAAGAAAGCUUCCGAUAAGGAAAGGCCAAAGGACAGACGUGCCAGAAGAAAGAACUCGAGCGAAGCCGAAAAGGAAGGAGGGGAUUCCAGAAAAACGUCCCGAGAAGAACCGCCUCCUCCGCCUGAACCGAUUUCGACAACGCCAGCCACCGAAAAGGGUGACGUUGCAAGUGUCGCAGAAGCACUCGAAGGCGUUAAAUUAGACUCGUAAAAUAUGGAUUCCUUUAUUAUAAUUGGAAUUACAUUUGCUUAUUAAUAAAUAUGCGAUUAACUAAUGCUA